GGGGACUGAACUCAUACUGCAAAAUAAUUGACAACAUUAUUCAAUUUGCUCGUCGGAGUUGUUCGGGACCGAGUGGCUGACUCGGUGGCUGGGUGGACUGGUGGCAGACCACCUGUCAGACCAAGACCUCAAAGUCGCGUGGUGCGGACUGCGGGGAUAACGGAAUACACGGAGACGAUAUUGAACAAGGAUCGCAAGCAGUUAAGGCUCGAGGUGGAGCGGAAUGUCUCUAGUAGUUUGAAUCAGCUCGGGUGGGGAAAACACUGACAACUGUUGCUUCUCAGCUUCGGUUUCGUUCUCAACCGUACCUACCCAACGUCUGUUGGGACUAUAUUGUGAUUCCUGGCUAAUGAUAUGUAAGGUUCAAUAUGGCCGGUGUCGAGGCCGUCGUCCAAGUGUGAGCAACGAAAGUGGAUAACGAAUUUAAACGAAGAAUAAGAAGAAUUAAUUUUUUAAUUUAAAUUACGAACGAACUACGACUUAUCAUUCCCAGCGAGAAAAACAGCAUUCCCUUUAAAGAAAUUUUCAAAUGAAGAAGAAGAAGUAACCGGACUGUAAUCUUUCAAACGAGAUAUCUUGCACCAGGACUGAAAGGUAUAAAAGAGGAUGAAUGGGUUGCAGAGUCGUCGAGGAGAAUUAACAAGUUAUUGAAAAAUUGUAAAUAAAUAAUGCUCACAGACAGAGAGGACCACUAUUAUACAGCCAGUCGAAUUAAACUAGCCAAUUAAGACUUCCUAAAUAAACUUUAAAGCACGAACGCUUUCGACAGCUCCUUGCUAACUUAUAGAUAAACAACGCAAAAGAAUUUUUUAUUCCAACAGCUCGACUUAGUUAUUCUUUCCUAAAUUUCUCGACCAUUGAUGAACAAGCCCGUAAUAAACGGAUGUUAUUUGUUCAUCACAGAACUCUCCGAGAGGAUGGAAAAAUAAAUAUCGCCGAAUAGUUAAACAUUCGAACGAUUCGACGUUGACGCUAUAAGUGAAACUUACUUAAUCUACUCAGAGUUGUUUUAAUCACGAGAACAUUGUUCUGGUGAGGAUCAAAAGUUGGGUACGUUAUUUUGCUAAACGGAGUUCCUGAUGUACCUAAUGCAGUGACGAUUGAUGUUCAGGGCAGUUAAACUAAGAGUGAAGUGAAAUUGUUGAAGAGGGGGAGGUACACCGACGAUGGAAUAUCGGUGAGGUCACCAGGUCAUCACAGAAUGCCUGAGCCGAGGGCGAAACGCUGCAAACACUGUGACGAGUCUAGCCACAGGUUGGACAGCGGCUCUCCUUUUUGGAGGAUACAACUGGAUCAAGACCUCCUCGAUACCAUCAGUGCCAUCUACCCCGAGUGGUUCAAGGAUUAUACGGGCAGCAGAGCGACGGGUUCGUCCUCGAGCGGCUCAUCGUCACAGCUGACGAACGGUACCACGACGGCAGCCGCCGGUACCACCUCGCAACAACAACAACCCCACAAAACCGCAAAGAACGGUAACAAAUCCAAGUCAAAGAAUAAGAAGACAGAAGGAGUUAAGGAAAAAGACAAGGACGCUAAAGUUGAGAAGAAAGUAAAACGGGACGGCAAAGAGGAGAGGGGGGAGCGCUCGGUGGAGGGUGGAAACGGUAAGAAGCAACAAAAACAGCUUCACCACCAGCAGCAGCAGCAGGAGCAGGAGAAAAUAUUGGAAGCAGCGGUGGAAGCGGUGACAUCCGCAGCAGGGAAAACAGGACCGUCGGGACCGGGCUGCACGGGGAUGGCAGAGGGCAGCCAAUCGCCGCCAAAGGCGGAGGUCGACGACUCUCCGCUUCAACACGCCAUGGACCGCAACAAGGAGUCGUUGAAGGUGAAGCUGAUGCUGAGGCGGCCUAUAAACCAGCUGGUCGCCCAGGGUAUCAUGCCACCUCUCAAAACACCGCCGGCCUUCCACGAGCAGCGAAAGCAGUUGGAAAGAGCGAAAACCGGGGACCUUCUCAAGGCGAAAAUUCAGCAGAGACCCGGCCGGGAGGAGCUGGUAAGGCAGCACAUCCUCGAAGAUGUUGGACACGUGGACCCGAGCCUCGCUGAGAGACAGCGAAUGCUCAAGAAGGCGAGACUGGCCGAUCAACUCAACGACCAGCUCAGCCAUCGACCCGGUCCAUUGGAGCUUAUACAGAAGAACAUCCUUCACACGGAAGAACCGAUCGAAAGAGCGGUCAAAGAGGGUCACAUCCCCUUCAAAGCGACGUGCGAGGGUCAAGUAACGAAACCGCAGCAUCCGGACCACUACAUCACCUUUGAGGAUGACUCCCAAAGUUCGGAAGGCGCUCCUUCGCCCCAACUCGACGCCCGCACCGACGUCCUCGAGACCGCAGCGGCGUCCGCGGGUAUCGUUACCGUCUCUUUGAGCAUCCCCACAACCGGCGGCGCGGUGGUGGUCACCUCGACGUCCCCCGUUUUUCAGCAAGCUGCUAAUACGGAACCGACGAUACAAACCUUCGCCGAUCUCUGCAGCAGCGUCGUCGGGACCCAACAGCAGCAACAGAGUCAGCAGGGUCAGCAGCAUGCGUCGACGCAGGCUAGUCAAACGGCUGUGCCGACGACUACGCUUCUUCCCCUGGCGCCGGCGCCGAGUCCAAUGUCUCUUGGAUCCACAACCUCCAGUCUAAGUCCGCUAUCGAACAUCUCGAUCGCUUCACCCCCGGCGCCUCCUCCAGCUGCCAUAACGCCGAGGCCCCAGCCUAGUCCCAUCGCGGCCUCGACGUGCCAAAGAAGUGACGCUCCUGGCAAGGAUAAGAACAGGAAAAAAUCAAAGACCAAAAGCCAGCCGAAGACUCGUACCAUCAAAUUUCACGAAUACAAGGGUCCGCCCAAUGCGCAAAAGUCUUCGGUGUCGUCUGCCGCCGCGGCGCUAAGCUCCGCGACGCCCGGCGAGACGAGCUACGAGCUGCUCCUACAACAGCAGCAGCUCUUCCUGCAGUGGCAGCUCGAAUGGCAGCACAAGUACCCGCAAAUCAUACUGCCAGCUGCCCAGAAGCCACUGUCGUUGACGAGUAGCGGAGCCAGUGACGCGGGAAGCGUAAGCGGAGGUAGCGUUAACGCUCCCAGCCCUGCGCCGUCUAAUGCGUCGACGAAUCCUUCGGAGCAACCGCCGUUGAGGCCUUUGGGAAAGCUGGAAGACAUGAAAGUGAGCGACCUCAAGGUGGAGUUGAAACGCCGCAACCUGCCCGUGUCGGGAUCAAAACCUCAGCUAAUCGAGCGGUUGAAACCCUUCACGGAAUCAUCUAGCGUCAACUCAACAUCUAAUUCAAACGGCCCUCACGUCACACAUAUGGGACACAUCCUGAUGGACACCCCGGGCCCGAUGACGUCAGACGAAUCAAGUUCUCACGCAAAAAGUCCGGGAUCCCCGAUCAAGGAUGAACCAAAUAGCCCAAGAAUGGAUUCGCCGCCUGGGAGUGAACACGACGAUCCGUCGAGUCCACCAGGCGACGACAUCAUCAAAGAACAGCGUAGGCGAAUCGAGGAACUCCAGCGAGAAUUAUACAAGUCCCAACAGCAGCUGCAACAGAUUAAACAAACACAGCCAGCUGUGCGGGCUGAGAAACUUGUUCUUCAACAGCACAUACAGAACAAGAUGCAGCAGCAACAGCUCGCUCUCCACCUCCAACAGCUGCAACAUCUCCAGCAACAACAGCAAAGUCAGCAACAACAGCACCAGCAACAACAAAACCAACAGAGUCAGCAACAGACGCAACAGCAACACGCCACUUUCCAACAGCUCAAUGCUAAAGCCAGCCUAGCAGCCUUCCUUCAAGCACAGCCCAACAACACAGCUGCCAUUCUAGAUUCUGCAACCUUGACAGCAAUCAACAACAAAAAGAAUCAAGCCAAAAACAACGCCACCGUUCAAUUACCAACCGCGAUCGUUCUUAAUUUAGCUAAACCCACUAAGUUGAACGGUUCUUUGAUCGGCGCUUUAGUUGCUCAGGCCCAGGCGCAAGCGCAAGCUCAGCAACAGCAGCAACAGCAACAGCAACAGCAACAGCAGCAGCAGCAGCAGCAGCACCAGAAUAUUAAUACUGAAGAGAGCAAACCACCUCCACCCCAAUACGAUGAAGCCGCUAAGUUGCUCAAGGUGAAAAUCGAACCCGUACAGCAAAAAAGUCAUAUUAAAAGCCAGGUCGUCGACGACGUAUUGGAAAUUCUUAUUAAAAACGGUGAGCUACCACCCAGCGCUGCUCAGGAUCCUGCAACGCCGACGACUCCGAAUCGGCAGUUGCCUCAAAACCUGGUCUUCACAGCGCCGGCCGAUAGCCCCACACAAUCUAUCGUUUUCACAGCUACGAGUCCCAUUAGCCCAAUCAGUCCGAUAGCUAUGGAGGUCUCGCAAAGUAGCUGCCCAUCGCCACCUGCUCCGCCUCCCCCUCCCCCACCACCCCUGCCGCUAGCAACAUUCUCCGUACAAUUACCGACUACACUGCAACAGGAGGAAAUCCCAUCGUUCAGCGCUGACCUUCUCACGUCUGGGACAGAACUCGACGCGGCAAUGUUACUCAGCCCUCAAUCUGUGCAGCAAGGUUCUCCGGAUCCGCAGCCCCCGCAGGAAGUAACUUCGUCGGAUAAUGCUAAUCUGGACUUGAAGGAAUUGGGUCUUGAUCUGGAAACUUUGGAUCCGAUGGAUUUUGGACCACUGGACUGUGAUCUCGGUGUGAAAAUGGAAACUCCGCAGGAGCUGAUGGAUAUCGGUGACAUGCCCAUGGAUAUGGAUGACCCGGAUUGGCUAGAUUCCCUGAUGCCUCAGUCUCCGGUAACCAGUAUUCAUCAUCCAACACCACCACCUACUCAGUCUUCAGCGCCUGACCUCUACGAUCCAUUGUUUGCGAAUAGUCAGGACCCCUUUGAUCUCUUUAACAUGGAAGAUUCCGACUUCAAAAUGUCUGCCGAUCUUUCGUUGACCUGGGAUAAGGGUGACUUUGCUACCUAGCAAGAAAUCUGCCUCUGGGAAUCGGCUUUGUGUACUUAAAAGUGAACAAUUCUCUCGAAAUAAGGCUGGUGUCUUUUAAAAUUCUAGCGCGUUUCGGAAAGUUUGUCGUAAAACGAAUCAUUUGAACGAUUACCGCGGCCGCUCGUCUGUCUAGACCUUGCAAGAUUGAUUUAUUAUUAAUUUUCAUAUUUCCGCCAUGAAGCUAUCGGCAAUAUUUCGAAUUAGCCACAAGCGAGUUGGUAAUUUGGAGGGGGGUUGAAAUGUUCGAUAAUAAAUUGUGUGAUCCAGAGUAAACCUGAAAAUAUAUCGGUACAAAAAAAUAUACGCGUUACGCUAGUAGACGAGUGGGGAAUGACCCAAAACAUCCUGUAAAUGUAACCAAACUUUGCGUAACGAACUUUUCACAUGAAAUGCGCUGAGCAUACCUGAUUAAUUAGUUUAGCUUAAGCUAAAAGUAUACUUAACACGUGAAGAGCUUAAGUGGAACUUAUCACUUAUAAUAAACAAGUACGAAUAGAUCCAUUUAUAAAUUAACGAGGUAAUUUACAACCAACAGAGCCUUAUCUUUGAAUUUUAUCAAAACUAGAAACGUUGUUUUCUACGUAGAUAAACAUCAUGCAAUUAAAGUUGUGACUCUGACUAAACAAUGGCAAGGAUCCAAGUUUGACGAGAUGAAAAAAGAUAUUAAAACUGUACUGAAUGAAUCAUGAAGCGAAGCAGUACCGAAAGAGCAAUGAUUGAAUACGUUCUUAUUCGAUAACUGUUCGCAAUGGAACUUUGAUACACUUACGAAAUGUUUAUCAAUGAUUCCAAAAUUCUCCAAAGAGUCCUUUAAAACAUUUUAGCUAGCUCUACUACCCAGUUCUAUACUAUCCUACGUCGUGUGCUGCUUGACUUUUAACUGCAGAUAGCGUGUGUGCUAAAACUACAUAUUGAAUAUAGCGUCGUCUGAACUUUACCAUAAUCGUAAUAUAACCGCAUAAUAUAAAGAAUUAAUAUAAUAUUAUAAUUAUAAUAUAAUGUAAAAUAUACAUAAAUCAUAUCUGUCUGUAGCCAAAAGCCAUCUAUUUCAGCGCUAAUUUCGCAGAUUGAUUUCUAAAAUUUUUGUUCAAUACGUCAAAUCAAAGUUAUUGUAAGCGAAAGAAACGGAUAUACCUAGUUUUCAAAUUUUAGGCUAACUACCAUCUUUUAACACUAUAAAAAAAAAUACCACUGUCAGUAAUUGAAAAUCCGUAUUUUCUUCGUCUUUCCUGGUUUUUCCCUGAAAUUAUGAUACAACGAGCCUAGAUUGAUGAUGGCUUUUAGGUGCAGAUACGUAUUGCUAAGCCAGAGCAUGUGAUGUUAGGAAAUACAUACGUAUAUUAUAACCAAUAGUAACCCCCCUGCGAGAGUGCGAUGCGGCUAGUAUUUUCGUAUUUUGUCGUUUUGUGACAUUCCAUGUUUUCAAACUCAAACGAACGAGAAAGACGCCAGUAGAAAAAGGCGUCACGACGCGAAAAUCGAGAUGCGUCGCCUGUCUGGUGAUCAUGCAAACGAUCGAAUAAGUGACGGACUGACUGACUGACUGACUGAAUGAAUGAGUGAACCAUCGGGUGAAUGAAUAAAUGUGUAAGUGAUAAAAGUAUGGAAAUAAUAAAGUAUAUUUGGAGUGAGUUACGGUGCUACUAAAUACUAACUAAUUAGGCGUGCAUAGAGCCAAAUUUGGCGAAAUAUGCGUUAGGAAUAUUUUUUAAAAAUAUCUUUUACAAAGAUAAUUGAAUACAGCAACGUAAUGUACACACGAUUGUGUACUAUUGAACGUCAUUGUGGGUGAUGGCAGCUGAACCUUGUAAUCUGCCGAUCAUUAAAGCAAAUAACCAAUCGAACAGCGGCGCUUUGGGAAUUCAAAGGAAGCUCUAAUCAAGCACAGCUCGUUGGGUAAAACUUAACGCAAACAUUCUCAAUAUCAAAGAAACAGCCAAAAGCAACAUUCCAAACAUUCAUAUACAGUCAGCCCAGCGGCUUCAGGCGGUGAGGGACGCCAUGUUCCGGCAAAGUCACGAAAUGAACCAAUUUCACAUGCUUGUGUUUGGAGAAAUCAAAAACACAGGUUUGCAUCUAAUUGUGUAAAUUUGGAAAGAAAAUUGAAAAAAAUAAUUGUCCAGUAAUUAAAAGUCAGAUUCAUCUCAAAAUGUUGUCGCAUUAAUAAGAAAUACUUGAAAAAAAUAAAUCUCGUCCGGGAGUUAAAGUUGAAACAAACAAAAUAAUAAAAUUACAUUGGAACAUGGUACAGCCUUGGAACCGAAAGUGCCAAACCCACCCUUGCCACUACAUCGACAUCGCCUCAUUACUCAUCACCACACGUUGCCAUGACAAUAAGCGUUUAUUGUUCUGUAAAAUAUGUAAUAUAAAGAAAUCGCAUAAAAAUGCGCUAGACGUAAUAUGAUUUUUUUUAGCAGUAAGCAUUGUGCAGCCAUUUGAAAUGGCCGAUUGUACUAAGAUUGAAAAAAAAAACAAUUAAUAUGUUAUAAAACGACUAUUCUGUAGUACGGUUUUGUAUGUUAUUAUGGAAAUAGUAAUUAUGUUAGCCGUAAUCAUUAAACAAUUUAUUGAUGAUUAAUUUGUAAUCUACAAUUUGUUAGGCUGUGCGAAUCUGGUAGUCUGUUGUGAGAUGUGUGGUUUAAGGAAA